AUGGCCGAUACGUCCGUACCCCAUCUUCCAGCCGAGCUAUGGGCCCAUAUCCUCCAAAACGUCGAUGACCCAUUUACGAUAUGGGUUACAUGCCGAAAAGUGUCACGUGCCUGGAGGAAAGAAGGCGAGCGUAUCUUUCGAGCAACUUACCUCCCAAUCCUUCGCGUCGAGUGGUACAAAGUGGCUUAUGGCCGAGUAGGAUCUUCUGUGCUAGCUACCACAGACGAACACUCCAUCGACCCAGAAUCUUCAACGCGUUCGCUAAUCCUUCAAUUGAGCCACUCAGACACUUCCGACAAUCUCACGAGCACGGAGUGGUUGAGAGAAGCCCAGUGGAUUUUGAAUUACGAUGACUAUCGCUUAUGGGUGAAGGAUACGCCCCAUGCGAAGCUUGGGCAGGCCAUCUGGUUUGAAACUGGAGAUGGACGUUAUAUCUUCGUCGGUAGUUUGGAGACGCGCAAAUUGAAUUACUAUCCUCCUACGGGAGAGCUAGAGGAUCUUCCCAGGCGCCGAAUCACAUGCGACUGGAAGGUGUUGAUGGAUGCGCUGUUCGCGGAAGAGAUGUAUGUACGGCGAAAGCAUCCAGGCCCGUCCUUUUAUGAACUUGGAGAGCAAGGCGUAAGUGAGAUAUUGCAAGCCGUCGCCACCAAGAUUGCCGAUUCAGAAUCGUCGGAAAAGGGAUCAAACGGACGCACGAAGUCUAUCGCAGAUGAACGCAACAUCUACCAACAUAGAGUAAAGAACUUCUUGCAGACACAUCUUCGCCGUACCGAAGAGUUCCGGCCACUCUACGCUGCAGCAUUCCAGGAGAGGCUGCGCCGUGCAUUCAGCAGUGCGGGCGUAGAUCUCUACACUCAUCACAGCUUCACUGGCAUAUGUGAUCUCAACCAGCAACUAGAUUACAAUAUUGAGAAAACUGGGUGUCUGUUAAUGAUGGAGAGUAGAUUAGAAAGGCUUUAA